AUGGAGCCGUGGAAGCAGUGCGCGCAGUGGCUCAUCUACUGCAAGGUGCUGCCCGCCAACCACCGGGUCACCUGGGAUUCGGCGCAGGUGUUCGAUCUGGCCCAAACCCUCCGCGAUGGAGUCCUGCUAUGCCAGCUGCUCAACAAUCUCCGGGCGCACUCCAUCAACCUGAAGGAGAUCAACCUGAGGCCGCAGAUGUCCCAGUUUCUCUGUUUGAAGAACAUAAGGACCUUUCUCACUGCCUGUUGCGAGACGUUUGGAAUGAGAAAAAGUGAACUCUUUGAGGCAUUUGACCUGUUUGAUGUCCGUGACUUUGGAAAGGUUAUAGAAACACUCUCACGACUUUCUCGAACACCGAUAGCAUUGGCUACAGGAAUCAGGCCCUUCCCAACAGAAGAAAGCAUCACUGAUGAAGACAUCUACAAAGGCCUUCCUGACUUAAUAGAUGAAACCCGUGUGGAAGAUGAAGAAGAUCUCUACGACUGUGUGUAUGGGGAGGAUGAAGGUGGAGAGGUUUAUGAGGACUUAAUGAAAGCAGAGGAAGCGCAUCAGCCUAAAUGUCCAGAAAAUGAUGUAAGAAGUUGUUGCCUAGCAGAAAUUAAGCAGACAGAAGAAAAAUACACAGAAACUUUGGAGUCGAUAGAGAAAUAUUUCAUGGCACCCCUCAAAAGAUUUCUGACAGCAGCAGAAUUUGAUUUGGUGUUCAUCAACAUUCCUGAACUUGUGAAAAUUCAUCGGAACCUAAUGCAAGAGAUCCAUGAUGCCAUUAUAAAUAAAAAUGACCAGAACUUGUAUCAAGUUUUCAUUAACUAUAAAGAAAGGUUGGUUAUUUAUGGGCAGUACUGCAGUGGAGUGGAGUCGGCCAUCUCUAAUUUAGACUACAUUUCUAAGACAAAAGAAGAUGUGAAAUUGAAACUAGAGGAAUGUUCCAAAAGAGCAAAUAAUGGGAAAUUCACUCUUCGAGAUUUGCUUGUGGUUCCGAUGCAACGUGUUUUAAAGUAUCACCUUCUUCUCCAGGAGCUGGUCAAGCAUACCACUGAUUCCACCGAGAAAGCAAAUCUGAAACUUGCUCUUGAUGCAAUGAAGGACUUGGCACAAUAUGUAAAUGAAGUGAAAAGAGACAAUGAGACCCUGCGUGAAAUUAAGCAGUUUCAGCUGUCGAUAGAAAAUUUGAACCAACCAGUCUUGCUUUUUGGGAGGCCUCAGGGAGACGGUGAAAUUCGAAUAACCACUCUAGACAAGCAUACAAAGCAAGAAAGGCACAUCUUCUUAUUUGACUUGGCAGUGAUUGUGUGUAAAAGGAAAGGAGAUAACUAUGAAAUGAAGGAGAUAAUAGAUCUUCAGCAGUACAAGAUAGCCAACAAUCCGACAACUGAUAAAGAAAAUAAAAAGUGGUCUUAUGGUUUCUACCUCAUCCAUACCCAAGGACAAAAUGGGUUAGAAUUUUAUUGCAAAACAAAAGAUUUAAAGAAAAAAUGGCUGGAACAGUUUGAAAUGGCUUUAUCAAAUAUAAGACCAGACUAUGCAGACUCCAAUUUCCAUGACUUCAAAAUGCACACCUUCACUCGGGUCACAGCCUGCAAAGUCUGCCAGAUGCUCUUGAGAGGAACAUUUUAUCAAGGCUAUUUAUGUUUUAAGUGUGGUGCGAGAGCACACAAAGAAUGUUUGGGAAGAGUCGACAAUUGUGGCAGAGUUAAUUCUGGUGAACAAGGGACGCUCAAACCACCUGAGAAACGGACCAACGGACUUCGAAAAAACUCCCGGGAUCCAGGCUUACCCAAGAUGCAGGUCAUUAGGAACUAUACUGGAACCCCACCCCCGGCUCUUCAUGAAGGACCUCCAUUACACAUCCAGGCAGGGGACACCAUUGAGCUUCUGAAAGGAGAUGCACAUAGUCUGUUUUGGCAGGGUAGAAAUUUUGCAUCUGGAGAGGUUGGAUUUUUUCCAAGUGAUGCUGUCAAACCUUGUCCAUGUGUGCCCAAACCAGUAGAUUAUUCUUGCCAACCCUGGUAUGCUGGAGCAAUGGAAAGAUUGCAGGCAGAGACUGAACUUAUUAAUAGGGUAAAUAGUACUUACCUUGUGAGGCACAGGACCAAAGAGUCAGGAGAAUAUGCAAUUAGCAUUAAGUAUAAUAAUGAAGCAAAGCACAUCAAGAUUUUAACAAGAGAUGGCUUUUUUCACAUUGCAGAAAAUAGAAAAUUUAAAAGUUUAAUGGAACUUGUGGAAUACUACAAGCAUCAUUCUCUUAAAGAAGGGUUCAGAACCUUAGAUACAACUCUACAAUUUCCAUACAAGGAGCCAGAACAUUCAGCUGGACAGCGGGGUAACAGAGCAGGCAAUAACUUGUUGAGCCCCAAAGUGCUGGGUAUCGCCAUUGCCCGCUAUGACUUCUGUGCAAGGGACAUGCGAGAACUGUCCUUGUUGAAAGGCGAUAUGGUGAAGAUCUACACAAAGAUGAGUGCUAAUGGCUGGUGGCGAGGAGAAGUGAAUGGCAGAGUGGGCUGGUUUCCAUCCACGUACGUGGAAGAGGAUGAAUAA